AUUUAGGGCGCUGUCAAGGCGCAACAUUUGAACUCGAAACAUUGAUAAAAAUUUAUAAAGUGUAAAAAAAUAUGUGUUAAGAAUACUUCAAGAUAAUUUACUCAAGCCAAAAAUUGGAAGCUGCUGUUUUCUAUACUCUGUACUUAAAAUAACAAAUUCCUCUGCUGUUAAAAUAAAGAGCAGCCAGCAAAAUGUCGAAGGUUAUAGACUUGGAUCAGCCUCGGUACGACCAGUCGACGUACAUGGGCCGCGCGAAACACUUCCUGCAGCUGACCAAUCCACUCAACGUGUUCGCCACAGAGAAACAACUCGACGAUGCCAAGAAGAUCGUCGAUGAGUUUAGGAAAACGCGCAAAAUGCCACCGGGUUACGACGAGGAAAAGUUGUGGAACACUAAAUACUUGUACGACAGCGCGUUCCACCCGGACACCGGCGAGAAGAUGAUCGUCAUAGGGCGGAUGGCUGCGCAGGCCCCGAUGAACACCAUCAUCACCGGGUGCAUGAUAACUUUCUACAAGACAACAGCAGCGACAGUCUUCUGGCAGUGGAUGAAUCAGACGUUCAACGCCGUCGUCAACUACACCAACCGGUCGGGCGACGCGCCGUUGCCGACUUCACAACUUCUGGCAUCGUAUUGCGCGGCCUGCGGUGGUGCCCUGGGGACUGCUCUUUAUCUCAACAACAAAGUCAAGAAAAUGAACUCCCCUACUUUCGCCCGGUUGGUACCCUUCGCUGCAGUGUGCGGUGCUAACUUCAUCAAUAUCCCAAUGAUGAGGAGCAAUGAACUACUAAACGGUACUCCGGUAUUCACUGCCGAGGGUCAACGGGUUGGCGACUCGAAGGCGGCGGCGACACGCGGUAUAGCACUAGUCUGCGUCUCCCGGGUGCUCAUGGCGUUACCCGGCAUGACGCUGACUCCGCUAUUGACUGCGUACGCGACCCGGCGCGGCAUGUUCUGCCGCCACCCGAUGGCGGUGAUACCGUUCCAGUUGUUCCUCGUCGGUCUGUGCGUCACCUUCGCUACUCCGCUGUGCUGUGCGCUGUUCGAUCAACGCGCCUCCAUACCGAUAGGAUCGCUCGAGCCAGAACUAUUGGCUGAAGUGACGAAAAAAUAUCCCAAGACAAAAGAAGUAUACUUCAACAAGGGAUUGUAAAAUGUUAUACGAAUUUUCUUGUUAGAAUUUGAAUUCACUGCCCUUCUAUGUUACUAUUGUUUGUAAACUGUACAUUCCGAAAUAUGCUUUAAGCAAACUGUCGAAUUAUGUUAUACGCUUUUUAGAAUUAUAUUAUCCAAUACAU